AUGAUACCCGUCGUCGUGCUCAUCUUCGCCACCAACAUCGUCGUCAUUGUCCAUUUGGCAAGAUCCGGCCGGUUCCGCCAUCCCGGAAACUGGUUCACCGCCGCGUUGUACAUCUCGGACCUUCUCGUCGGCGCCAGCUCCAUUGGUACCAACGUGACCAGCACGUACGAGACCAGCCUUGACCUUUGCCUGCUGCGUCUCGGUCUGCUCCUGGCUGCCAUAGUCUCCUCCAUCAUCUUUCUGCUCCUCAUCGCCGUCGACAGGUUCCUGGCGAUCACGCGCGCGCUGACCUACGUCACGUUGAUGACGUCACGGGUCGUGACCAUCGCGAUCGUGGUCACCGUCGCCGCGUGCCUGCUGAUAGGCGUGGCGCCCUUAGCGGGGUGGACCCACUACCACUACUCCAGCCACUGCUCGUUUGCGUACGUCCUCGAGACCAGCUACAUUGUGUUCAUCCUAGUCGGGUCCCUGAUUCCCAUCUGCGUCAUCCUCAUCAUCUACCUGUACCUGUUCAACAAGGCCAGGCUGCACAUCCGGAAGAUCGAAUCCCUCAACGCGCUCCAUCACGUCAGGUCGGGAUCCUGGCCCCUCGGCGUGUCCUCCAAAGGAUGGCGCUGCAUCCGCCAGCUCGUGGUCCUGGUCGGGUGUCUGCUCGUCACGUGGUCGCCGUUCAUCCUCGCGUCCAUCGUCGACAUAGCGUUGGACGGGGCGCCGUGCUGGCUGAAGGACGUCAUAGGGACGCAUCUGCUGUUGCUGGGCAUGACGAACUCGAUACUCAAUCCCCUGGUGUACACGGUUGGGACCAGGGAUUUCAGG